AUGGAUGAUCGCAUUAGUGAAUUGCCUGACGACAUCUUGUGUGAUAUGCUCACAACAUUAUCCAUGAAAGAUUUGUUGAAAUCCAGUAUACUGUCUAAAAGGUGGUCCAAACUUUGGGGUUCAAGGAGAGAUCUCUACUUUGAUGUCUUCAAUGUGUUUGGAAGCAGCGAGAAGGAACUACAAAAAACUGGGUAUCUCAUUGAUGUCACUAGUCGCUUUUCUGUUGAUAGAUGUAUCGAUUUGUAUAAGACUAAGGAUGAAUUUGUAAAACGAGUAGAUCAAUUUGUCAAGAAUUUUCCUGGCACAGUGAUCAAUUCUUUCCUAGUGAGCUUCUAUUUAAAUUGUGAACAAAGCAACACAAUUGAUCAAUGGAUAAGUUUUGCAAUUGCAAAGGGAGUUGGAAUGAUCGAUUUACUCUUUCUUGGAGAGCCUUAUCCAGCUCACCCUAAUCCUCACCCAGAUCCAAGCAAACGUUACAAAUUUGCCUUUGACUUAUUUUCGGAGACUACUGCUUCUGCUCUAAAACAUCUACGUCUUGAAUGUUGUAUUGUUUGCAAUCCAACCAAUUGUGACUUUAUUCCAUUCAAGAAUUUGACAUAUCUUUCACUUAAUGAAGUAAAAGUGGAUGAAAUGUUCAUAGAAAGUUUGUUAUCUAAUUGUGGACUGCUUGAAGAGCUUUGCUUAGUUUAUUUUUAG